GCCAUCUCGUUAGCAGUACCCAAGUGGAGAUGUGAACGCAAUGAUGCCAUUAAAAACUCUCCAACGAUCUUGAAAAGAUUCACUGCACCAACCUUUCUCUCCAGCCUCCAUAUAAGCAACUACCCAUAGGCCAUAACCACCUCUCUCUCUCUCCCUCUCUUCCUUUCCAUCCCUCCAUCGCCCUUUUCCGGCCCCCUCUGGUCAUGGCUCCGGCGGAAGUCGAAGACCCAGUUUAUGACAUAAAGCUGUCGUCGGUGGUACCGGCGUCAAUAACUGGAGAAGACAGAGUUCAUGAGUUCAGUAGCAUGGAUUUGGCGUUGAAACUUCAUUACCUCAGAGGUUUGUACUUCUUCAAGAGCAACAUGGUCCAAGGUCUCACGAUCUACGACUACAAGAAACACUUGUUUAAAUGGCUGGAGAUCAAUGGCGUCCUCUCUGGCAGGAUUCGGAGAUCGGAGUCGGGCCGGCCGUCCAUCAAGUGCAACGAUGGUGGCGUGAGAGUCAUCGAAGCUCAGUGCAGCAACACCCUUGACCAGUGGUUAGAGAUGAACGAUUACUCUCUCCAUAGACGCCUUUUUCCGAACCAAGUCCUCGGUCCUGACUUGGGUUUCUCUCCUUUGAUUCUUGUGCAGUUUACUUGGUUCAAAUGUGGAGGAGUAUCAGUGGGCCUAAGCUGGGCCCAUGUCCUUGGAGAUCCAUUCUCAGCUUCAAGACUCAUCAACAUCUGGGCCCAAAUGCUGUCCGAUCGUCUUCCACCCAAAUCAUUCAACCUCCCAAAAGCAGAGCCCAAACCCCAAAUGCCCGAAACCCCGGUUCAUGAUGGCUCAGAACCAGUCUCAGUGAAACAGGUCGAACCCGUGGGAGAACACUGGUUAGUCGCUAAUAACUGCCAAAUGGAGACAUUCUCCUUCCAACUGACUUCCGCAGAACUGACUAACUUGCACUCAAAGAUGAGAAAUCAAACUGGUAAAACCCCAACAUUUGAAUCGCUCUCAGCUAUAAUCUGGCAGAGCUUAGCAAGGGUUAGAGGAAAACCAGAGCCAAGAACGGUCACUGUUUAUCGGAAAGGUCGCCAUGAUGGGGAGUUGGGCAACAACCAGGCAGUGAGCGUAGUGAAGGCAGACUUCUCUAUUGCAGAUGCCAGUGCGUCAGAACUAGCACAGAUGUUGGUUGGACGAUCAGUGGAGGAGAAUAGCAAGAUUGAGAAGGCAGUAGAGAGAGACCAGGGGCUGACUGACUUUAUUGCACUGGGCGUAAACCUGACAUUUGUGAAUUUGGAAGAGGUCGAGCUUUAUGGACUGGAGUUCAGGGGACAGAAGCCUAUCUAUGCGAACUGUCUGAUCGACGGAGUUGGCGAUGAAGGCGUUGUGUUGGUGCUUCCAGGCCCAGAAUCAGGCAGUAUUGCUGAAGGUAGAGGAGGAAGAACGGUGACUGUGACGCUGCCAGAAAACCAAGUUGCCCAGCUGAAAAAUGAGCUUCAGAGAGAAUGGUGCAUUAGCGUCUGAACACUAUGCUUAGAUCUUAUGGUGGUGAUGUUGGUUUGAAUGUUUUAUCUCUAUUUUUUCGGUGUGUAGGUCUGAAUUGUUGAAGAAUAACAUUUUCAUUUUUUUUUUUAUUUUAAAGUUUGAACAUGAUUAUGAAUUUAUGAUGGGGCGGAGUUAAUUGCAUUCUGGUUUGCAACA